CAUGCGCAUUUAAGAGGGGGAAAGCUGUUCGUGUUGACUUGUGAGUGGACGGCGGCUUCUUCCUUUCUUGUGGGUUUACUACCGGGUUGCAAACCGACUGUAAAGGUAACCAUAUUUACGCUGUAUGCCACGUCAUCAAAGCGCGACACCGGCGGGCUGUUUCUGUUCAAAGUAAAACAGAAGCCGGUGACGUGCAGCUAGUGGGGCUCUGAAAAUAUGGAGAAAGUUUUGUGUGAUGUUCACGGCACUACGUGUUUGCUCAAGACUGGUGUAAAGGAAGGGCCGAGUAAAGGCAAAAGCUUUUAUGUUUGUACUGCGCGUGACCCAGCACCCUGCGACUUUGCACUGGCUGCAGACAUUCCCCCAUCUCACUGCCUUCAGCAUGAGGACUCUAUGGUUGAACUCCAAACACUAAUAUACAGUGAAACACAAGACAAAUGCAGGUUGUUUUAUCGCUGCACACUGGGAAAAACACGUGGACAGAAGUGGUGUGGUGGUGUUCCCUGGAAAGAGAAAGAACCUGAGAAACGGACUGACUUAUCAGACGAAAAUCAAACCUCCAUCCUCCCUCCAGUCAGAAACCCUUUCAAAACAACCCAAUGCAGGAGAGAUCAAGACAGUAAAUUGCAUAAAGAUGUCAAAACGGACAAAAAACACCUUAAUACCGAAGAUCAUGCAAAUACUGAAAAUGAGGGAGGAAAUGCCAACAAAACAGAGAUUAAAAAGGAUAGCAAGAAUGAACCUACAGGUCAAGGUGGUUUGAAUGGAGAGGGGGAACACCCUCCCAUAGUUUCAGAUUCCUGGAGGACCAAAAAGCUCCCUGCAGGGAUGAAGAUAAAGAAGAGAGUGUCUGAUGAUGAAAGACGAGGGCAUACAGCGGAAGACAGAAAGUGCCCUGAAAGUCCAGACAGUGUGGAGGAAAGUGCGAGAAUCCAAAGCCUGGCAGAGAAAUUGAGUGAAUCCUGUAGCGUCAAAGACAAGCAGAAGUCUACAGAAGCGGGCGGCUCUCCUCAAAGCCCUUCAAAGAGCUCCUCUGGCUGUGAUAAGAAAACUGCAGUAGAGAAUAAACCAAAAGACGGCAUUGUUUCAAACAAGCAAAGCUCUUUUGAAUCAAAAUCAGAUAUGAGUCAAACUACCUUGAGCUCCACAUCCCAAGAUAUCCCAGUUACUGAAAAGCCAACUGCAGUUAGUGUUCAAAAAACAGAAACAAACCAGAAGGACCAGAAAAAGAUCAUGAGCUCUCCAUUUGGUGAGUGGAGUGAUGGUGAAGAUGAUGAUGAUGUUCAGCUGGUAUCGAUACAGCCUGGUCCUCAACAGUGUGCGCAGACUCCACUUGCACCUGUUCAAAAAACGCUUACCUCUUACCCCGGGUUCCAGCCUGCUACUAAAGUCCAGGCUCAAUCUGAGGACCCCAUGACCCUCCACAGCCAUCUCACAUCCCAGCUCAAGCAGAAGAAGGCUACUCUUUCAGCGGUGAAUGUAUCUGCUCUGCCAGAUAAAGGGGAGCGUUUAAAGAGUCAGGUGAAGGAGCUGGAAGAUGCUCUGGAGUCUCUGAGUUUGACCCCAGCUUCUCUGUCUGAGGCUCAGGAUAAAGACAGAAAAGAGGCAGAACCGAAACCCACACCCAGCCAGUCCAAUCCCUUCAGCCGACCUGGAGGCACCAUCUUCUUGCCCACAGCUUCAGCCCCCAUGUUACAGGGAUCCUCUGGCGGCUCACUGGGGAUGAAUCUGAGCCAGGGCUACUCGCAGAUGUUUAGCGUGAAUGCUCAGGGCCAGGGCUUUUACGGGGGCAGGAUGACUGAGAACAGAAUGCUGGCUGUACGCAAUGCCACCACUGAGGCUAUUGACCAUCUGCACAACUCGCUGGAGUCUUGCCCAUCAGAGGACACAGAAGCACAGGAUCCCAAGGGAAUCAAGGUGAACCUGUUGCCACAUCAGAGGAAAGCUCUGGCCUGGCUGCUGUGGAGAGAGACACAGAAGCCUUGUGGAGGAAUUCUGGCUGAUGACAUGGGUCUGGGAAAGACCCUCACUAUGAUCGCUCUCAUUUUGGCUCAGAAGAAGAAAGAUGAAAAAUUGGAGGAAUGGAUCUCUAAAAAUGAUUCAUCCCUAGUGGCUUCACAGGGGACUUUGAUCAUCUGUCCUGCUUCUCUGGUGCAUCACUGGAAGAAAGAGAUUGACAGGCGUGUGAAGAGCAGUCGCCUCAGUGUGUAUUUGUACCAUGGCCCCAACCGACAGAGGAGUGCGAGCGUCCUUGCUGAGCACGAUGUGGUGAUCACCACAUACAGUCUGGUUUCUAAGGAGAUCCCUGUUCAGAAGGAGGAUGCAGAGAAACCCUCUCAGGACUCUGAUCGUGUGACCUCAGACCUCCCUCCCCUCAUGCGUGUAGCCUGGGCACGCGUGAUUCUCGAUGAGGCACACAACAUUAAAAACCCCAAAGUCCAGACGUCCAUGGCGGUGUGUAAGCUGCGGGCCCGAGCCCGCUGGGCUGUCACUGGAACUCCCAUUCAAAACAACCUGCUGGAUAUGUAUUCACUGUUAAAGUUCCUGAGAUGUUCUCCAUUUGAUGAAUAUAAGCUUUGGAAAGCUCAGGUAGAUAAUGGCUCAAAGAGAGGAGGAGAGCGAUUGAACAUUCUUACCAGAACGCUGCUGCUUCGUAGGACCAAAGACCAGCAGGACUCUUCUGGCAAACCACUGGUGUCUCUGCCUGACCGCACAUGUGAGGUCCACAGAUUGAAGUUGUCUGAAGAUGAGCAGGCUGUAUAUGAUGUUGUGUUUGCACAAUCUAGGUCAACACUUCAGAACUAUCUUAAGAGACAUGAAGGAGGGGACACUAAAAAGGGAGACAAUAGUAACCCUUUUGACAAAGUUGCUCGGGAGUUUGGGAUGUCUCAGCAGAGCUCGCUGUCUUCAUCACAGCAGCCUCAGGCCUCCAGCACCAUCCACAUCCUCUCACUUCUGCUGAGACUUCGACAGUGUUGCUGUCAUCUGUCACUGCUCAAAAAGACCCUGGAUCAGUCGGAGCUGCAGGGGGAUGGUGUCACUCUGUCUCUCGAAGAGCAGCUGUGUGCUUUAUCUCUGUCUGAGACCUCAGAUUCGGAGCAGAAAGACAUGGUGUCACUGAAUGGCACCCGCUUUAGUUCAGAGCUCUUCCAGGAGAGUCUUGAAAGCACUAAGAUAUCAGCCAUUUUGACAGAGUUGAGAGUUAUUAGAAAGAAAGAUCAGAAAAGUGUGAUAGUGUCUCAGUGGACCAGUAUGCUGCACAUUGUUGCUGUUCACUUGAAGAAGAUGGGGCUAAGCUUUGCAGUAAUCGAUGGCACAGUCAAUCCUAAACGCAGAAUAGACCUUGUCGAAGAGUUCAACACUAACCCCAAAGGGCCGCAGGUGAUGCUGGUGUCUUUGUGUGCUGGAGGUGUAGGCCUUAAUCUCAUUGGAGGAAAUCAUCUUUUUCUAAUCGACAUGCAUUGGAACCCAGCACUUGAGGAUCAGGCCUGUGAUCGUAUCUACAGGGUGGGACAACACAGGGAUGUUACAAUACAUAGGUUUGUGUGUGAAGGAUCAGUGGAGGAUAAGAUCUCUUCUCUACAGGAGAAGAAGAAAGAGCUGGCAAAGACGGUCUUGUCUGGAACUGGAUCAUCAUUCACUAAGCUGUCUCUAGCAGAUCUCAGGGUCAUCUUUGGUGUGUGAUGUGUAUGUUUUAGAGAACGAAAUAUUAGUCCAGUCUCAGCAUGAUUUUAUUUGUUGUCAUUGUUUUUUUUAUCAGUGUACUGUAUGAAAAAUGAAAUGCAGAAAUCCAAGAAUUUGUUUUCAAAUGUUGCAUAUUUAUUCUGAAUAAAUAUAAGGUUACGAA